UGUAGCUCUCCCAUGCUUAUAUUGAACGAUAUCGCUAUGUUCGGCAAAGCACUGCUUCUUCUCUUGUGCGUAGUUGUCGUGCUUGCCCACAAUGCGAUGCCGUACAGAUGCUCCAUGCCACCCGAUCCUGGUCAUGGCGCGCUACAUACACGGAGUUGGUUUUUUGAUAUUUUAAAGCUUUACUGCAAAAUGUUCAUCUACUACGGUGAAGGAGGAAACAUGAACCGAUUCCAUUCAGAAAAAAACUGCCUAAUGAAGUGUCUGCCCGGAAGAACACGCAAACCCGUCUGCAGCAAAAGCCCGUAUAUUCAAAGGUGUCGUAAGAGUGGUCCUCGGUGGUACUUUAACGCCACGCGGGACACCUGUCAACAAACCAGUCUGGGCUAUUGCGCAACGAGCGCAAAUAAGUUUUACACAUGCCUGGAAUGCAUCCACAGAUGCUCGUAUGACGAUCCACGACAUAAAUGUCGCCAAAUCAUCAAAGGGCUGCCUGGGCCUGGAAAUCCGGAAUAAGCACCUCGUCCCACGUCUGCACCUCUGCGAAACGGGAGCUCUAUUUCAGUCCAUCAGAAUAAACGACGCACUGCAAGGCAGUAGCCAAACAUUGUCAAGGCUUACACCUUC